AUGGAUCCCGAGAACCUGCCAGUCAUCAACAACUACCUGGAUGCCAACGAGCCAGUGUCCUCGGAAGCCUGCCUGAGUCGCACGCACUUCUAUGACAACCAAAGGAAGGUUGACUACGUGCUUGCCUACCACUACCGGAAACGCGGGGCGCACCCUGGCCAUGGCCAUUCACUGGCCAUCAUCUCCAAUGGGGAGACUGGCAAGGAUCCCCAUGCUGGGGGCUCUCAUGACAUUGAGCUGGGGCGGCUGGAUGCCCUGGAGGAGGAGAGGAAGGAGCAGCGGGAAGAGUUUGAGCACAACCUGAUGGAGGCUGGGCUGGAGCUGGAGAAGGACUUGGAGAGUAAAAGCCAAGGAUCCAUCUUUGUCCGGAUACACGCCCCGUGGCAGGUGCUGGCCAGAGAGGCAGAAUUCUUGAAGAUCAAAGUUCCCACCAAGAAAAUGUACGAGAUCAAAUCAGAAGGCUGCAUUGCGAAGAAGUUCAACGAGAUUCUGCAGAAGCUGAGCUCGCCCCUGAAGCCCAGAGUUCCAGACCAUAGUAACAACAGGAUGAAAAACCUCUCCUACCCAUUCUCCAGGGAGAAAAUGUACCUGUACAACAUCCAGGAUAAGGACACCUUCUUUGAUAAUGCGACCCGUAGCCGCAUUGUGCAUGAAAUUCUGAAGCGCACAGCCUGUUCUCGAGCCAACAACACAAUGGGUAUUAACUCUCUGAUAGCAAACAACAUCUAUGAGGCUGCCUACCCUCUUCAUGACGGUGAAUAUGACAGUCCAGGGGAUGACAUGAAUGACAGAAAGCUGCUAUAUCAAGAAUGGGCACGCUAUGGAGUGUUUUAUAAGUUUCAACCUAUUGACCUCAUCAGAAAGUAUUUUGGAGAAAAAAUUGGACUGUAUUUUGCUUGGCUGGGAUUAUAUACAUCAUUCCUCAUCCCAUCUUCUGUAAUUGGAGUGGUUGUGUUUCUUUAUGGAUGUGCAACCAUUGAAGAAGAUAUUCCCAGCAAAGAGAUGUGUGACCAACAGAAUGCCUUCACCAUGUGUCCUCUGUGUGACAAGUCCUGUGAUUACUGGAACCUCAGCUCAGCCUGUGGUACGGCGCGGGCUAGCCACCUGUUUGACAACCCUGCCACUGUCUUCUUCUCCAUCUUCAUGGCUCUGUGGGCUACCAUGUUUCUUGAAAACUGGAAGAGAUUACAGAUGCGACUGGGCUACUUCUGGGACCUGACUGGCAUAGAAGAGGAAGAAGAACGUGCCCAGGAACACUCCCGGCCUGAGUAUGAAACCAAAGUUCGAGAAAAAAUGCUGAAGAGUGACAAGUCAGUUGUCCAGAAAUUGGGGACCAACACGACUGAGAGUGAGGAUGAGGAUGAUGAUGAAGAUAAGCUGACCUGGAGAGAUCGUUUCCCAGGUUACCUGAUAAACUUCGUCUCCAUCUUGUUCAUGAUUGCCCUGACCUUCUCAAUCGUCUUUGCAGUCAUUGUGUAUCGUAUCACAGUUGCAGCUGCUCUGUCUCUCAACAAGGACACGCGUUCCAAUGUCCGGGUGACAGUGACAGCAACGGCAGUCAUCAUCAACCUUGUGGUCAUCCUCAUCCUGGAUGAGAUCUAUGGUGCCGUGGCCAAGUGGCUCACCCAAAUAGAGGUUCCAAAAACAGAACAGACUUUUGAAGAACGCCUGAUACUGAAAGCUUUCUUGCUAAAGUUUGUCAAUGCCUACUCGCCUAUCUUCUAUGUGGCCUUUUUCAAGGGGAGGUUUGUGGGCAGACCUGGAAGCUAUGUUUAUGUGUUCAACAGUUACCGCAUGGAAGAGUGUGCUCCUGGGGGCUGCCUCAUGGAGCUCUGCAUUCAGCUCAGCAUCAUCAUGUUGGGGAAGCAGUUGAUCCAGAACAACAUCUUUGAGAUCGGAGUCCCGAAGCUCAAAAAACUAUUUCGGAAGCUGAAAGAUGAGACAGAACCUGAAGAAAUGGACUCUGCCCAUUCAAAGCAUCCAGAGCAGUGGGACCGAGAUUAUAGCUUGGAACCAUAUACUGGACUGACUCCAGAGUACAUGGAAAUGAUUGUCCAGUUUGGCUUUGUCACCCUCUUUGUGGCAUCCUUUCCUCUGGCACCUGUGUUUGCACUCCUCAACAAUGUCAUUGAAGUGCGGCUUGAUGCAAAGAAGUUUGUCACAGAGCUGAGACGGCCAGAUGCUGUGAGAACCAAAGAUAUCGGGAUUUGGUUUGACAUUCUCUCUGGAAUCGGCAAGUUCUCUGUUAUCAGCAAUGCUUUUGUCAUUGCCAUCACCUCUGACUUUAUCCCCCGCCUUGUGUACCAGUACGCCUAUAGUCACAAUGGGACUCUGCAUGGCUUUGUCAACCAUACCCUCUCCUUUUUCAACGUCAGCCAGCUGAAGGAGGGAACGCAACCUGAAAACUCACAGUUUGACCAGGAGGUUCAGUUCUGCAGGUUUAAGGAUUACCGAGAGCCGCCAUGGGCCCCGAACCCAUAUGAGUUUUCCAAACAGUACUGGUCUGUUCUGUCUGCUCGUCUGGCUUUUGUCAUAAUCUUCCAGAACCUUGUGAUGUUCCUGAGUGUCCUUGUCGACUGGAUGAUCCCAGAUAUCCCCACGGACAUCAGCGACCAGAUCAAAAAGGAGAAGAGCUUGUUGGUGGACUUCUUCCUGAAAGAGGAACAUGAGAAGCUCAAGCUGAUGGAUGAGCCAGCCCCCAGCAGCCAGGGAGGAGGACACCAGAGCAGGAGAAGCCGGGCAGCCAGCUCAGCACCCUCCAGCCGCAGCCAGCCUGGCAGCAUCGCAUCCUCUGGUUCUCAGCACACCAGUGUGUGA